AUACACUCCCCUUCCUCCUCCCUCUGCCUCGGACACAUGCAGACAUCCAGGCUUUUGCAAAUGUGAGAAAAAUGAAUGAAUACAUGAUGUUCUAUCACCUGCGUCAAGGGUCAAGAGCUAAUUUAGAUUGUCAGUAAAAUAGAUUUGUUUAUUUAAGGCAUUAGCCCUUUGCUUCACUCUCAAGUUCAGUGGCCGGACGGAGCAGCUGUGGCUGUCCGUCAGUCAUACUGCCUCAGAGAGAGCUAGAAAUGUGGGGGGAGCUGAAGUGGUUAAACAAGAAGUUGGAAAACACUGUAAUUGUGUGUAACUUGAAACCACAGAAGGUGACAGCUAACAGCCUGCAAUAGAUCUGGAUCCAGAUUGACCCAAAUCCAAAGGACUUCAUCUGGGACCAAAAAAAACCUACGACUUAUUUGCCCUCCUUUUUGGACUCCUUCAAACAUGGAGACUCAACAGUCCAAGGGCAAGAAGGAGGACUCCAAGACCAAAGAAGAAGCAGGUGCUGCUGUGGACGCAGAGCUAGCCAAAGCCAUAAUGGCUCGGUGUUUCCACCCCUCUGUGAUUGGCCCGGAGCCCUGGGAGGGAUACGUCUUUAACGAUCUGCAGAUCCGUAUCAAAGAGUCCACAGACAUCUAUGGAGCUGUGCUCUGGCCCUCAGCGAUGGUGUUGUGUCAUUUCUUAGAGACCAACCAGGACAAAUACAACCUGAUGGACAAAAAUGUGAUUGAACUGGGUGCUGGAACUGGGCUCGUCACCAUCGUGUCCAGCCUGUUAGGUGCCAAGGUGACCUCCACUGACCUGCCAGAUGUGUUGGGGAACCUCCAAUACAAUGUUAUGCGCAACACCAAGGGCCGAUGCAAGUACAUCCCUCUGGUCACUGAGCUCGUCUGGGGUCAGGGCGUGGAGCAGCGUUUCCCGCGUGCCACACAUUGUUUCGACUACAUCAUGGCAGCCGACGUGGUGUAUGCCCAUCCUUUUCUGGAGGAGCUGAUGGACACCUUUGAGUACCUGUGCCAGGAAAACACACAGAUCCUGUGGGCCAUGCGUUUUCGACUGGACCCGGAGAACAGCUUCGUCGACCGCUUUCGGCAGCGCUUCCACCUGGAGGAGCUGUACGACCUCCCCAGCCUCAGUAUCAAACUGUACCGAGCCUGUAGGAAGGAUAAGAGGACUCAGGACCGUAGAGAGGCUGCUGCCUGAACUGUGUACACACACUGCAUAUGAAGUGUGUGUGUGUGAGGGUGUGAGUGUGUCUGUGACUAAAUUUGUUGUUUAUUCUGUAAUGUCAGGUGUUUUCAUGGACCUCAUGCAAAUCUCUAAAUGUAUCUAUCUGUCUAAAAUGACCACUGAAUUCAAUCUGACAUCGUGUCACUCAACAGUCUUAUUUAUAGCUGAUCUGUUCAUUUAGGUGACCUUCAAUAAACCAGCAAGUCUGUAUGUUUGGA